AUGUAUUACUUUUCCGAUGGUGGCAGUGUUGGCAGUGAUGGUGUUAACUUUUCCGAUGGUGGCAGUGUUGGCAGUGAUGGUGUUAACUCUUCUGAUGGUGGCAGUGAUGGUGUUAACUUUUCUGAUGGUGGCAGUGAUGGUGUUAACUUUUCUGAUGGUGGCAGUGUUGGCAGUGAGGGUGUUAACUUUUCCGAUGAUUGCAGUGUUGGCAGUGAUGGUGUUAACUUUUCUGAUGGUGGCAGUGUUGGCAGUGAUGGUGUUAACUUUUCUGAUGGUGGCAGUGAUGGUGUUAACUUUUCUGAUGGUGGCAGUGUUGGCAGUGAGGGUGUUAACUUUUCUGAUGAUUGCAGUGUUGGCAGUGAUGGUGUUAACUUUUCUGAUGGUGGCAGUGUUGGCAGUGAUGGUGUUAACUUUUCUGAUGGUGGCAGUGAUGGUAUUAACUUUUCCGAUGGUGGCAGUGAUGGUGUUAACUUUUCUGAUGGUGACAGUGAUGGUGUUAACUUUUUCGAUGGUGGCAGUGUUGGCAGUGAUGGGGUUAACUUUUCUGAUAGUGGCAGUGUUGGCAGUGAUGGGGUUAACGAAAGUCCUAGAAUAGGUCACUGA